AUGCAGGGAAGUCAACUUUUAUCAACUCGACAAUCUCAACUAGAUGAACCAGACGAUGAGGGCAGAUGGUCUCUUCUUCAGCUUGCCGCUGCGCAAGGGAAUUUGUGCCGGGUACAGCGGCUCUUAGCCCAACCAAUGGACAUGGACCCUAAUGAGCCUCCUAAAGGUUACUAUGGGCAGACGGCCCUUCAGGCCUCUUCUUAUAACGGGCAUCUCGCCGUGGUUGAAAUGCUAUUGGUGGCAGGGGCAGACGUUAACGCGCCUGGGGGAAACAACGGUGGCAGAUCAGCGGUAGUACUAGCCUCUGGAGCGGGGUAUAUGAAUAUCGUCAGCCGCUUAGUCUCUGCGGGUGCAGAUAUCAACUACCCACCCCAUCCGUAUGCGGGCCGAACUGCCCUACAAGCCGCCGCCGAGGGGGGCCAUAUCGAGCUACUACGAUGGCUGCUUGAGCAAGGCGCAGAUAUUGAUACGCCCCCCUCUAAGAAUGGAGGUCGCACAGCACUUCAAGCUGCUGCAUUAGAAGGGCAUAUCGAUAUCGUUGAAAUUCUCUUAUAUCAAAAUGCCUACGUGAAUACCCCCGCCGCAAGGUAUAAAGGCCUUACAGCCCUUCAAGGCGCAGCUUUUGGAGGCCACCGCCGGAUAGUCCGUCAACUGUUAGAUGCAGGAGCUGAUGUGAAUGCUAAAGGCUCAUAUUAUAAUGGGUAUACGGCGCUUUCAGCAGCGGCAGAAUGCGGCCAUUGUGAGAUUAUCCGAAUGUUGCUCGACGCUGGCGCAGAUGUCUCCCUUACAUCAGGAAAUAAAAAGUGGACGGCGCCACAGAUUGCGAUCUUCCGAGGGCAAAAGGCUGUCACGCAUAUUUUCCAACAGAUCAAGCAGAUGGGGAAGAUUGUCUAA